CGCUGUGCGGGGACUGAGCCGUGUCCUCGAGCUGUGACCAUGUUGCCCUCCAGCAGCAGAGCCUGGUUCCGCUCCGCUGUGAAGCUGCUGCCGCCGGGGAGCAGGAGUCCAGGAUGUGUUGGGUGCCCAACCAGAAGUGUUUCUCUAAAGUCCGGAGGUUUGAAACCAAAGACGGUUCCACUGCGGUACCUGGGCCAGCCGAGCCCUUUCACCCAUCCACACCUCAUCAAGCAGGGUGACGUGACCCCAGGCUUGAGCCAGACAGAGUAUGAGCUCCGCAGACAUCGACUGGCCUCGCUGAUCGAGGCCCAGGCCGACCGGCUGGGACCCUCUGCGUCCUCCAGCCACCAUGUGGUCAUCGUUCUGUCCCAUCCGACCCGCUUCAUGACCAACGACAUCCCGUAUCCCUUCCACCAGAACCAGGAUUUCCUUUACCUCAGUGGCAUCUUGGAGCCGGACAGCGCCUUGGUUCUUCACGGGAAAGGGCGACCGGAUCAGGCCAUCUUGUUCGUCCCCCGCAGAGACCCGGGGCGAGAGUUGUGGGACGGGCCCCGCUCAGGGAAGGACGGGGCGGCUGCUUUGACCGGCAUCGAGAGAGUUCACAGCACUGAAGAGCUGGGUGUUGUGCUCAAGGCCCUGAAAGGCACCGUGCUUUGGUACGAUAACUCUCAGCCGGCCCACCCUCGGCUCCACCAGGCUCACGUGUGUCCUGUGCUGGAGCCGGGGCCGAUGCCGCGCUCUCUCAGGCCCCUCAUCCACUCUCUCAGGGCCCUCAAGAGCUCAGCAGAGGUGGCGCUCAUGCAAGAGGCAGGUCGCAUCACAGCACAGGCUUUCAGGAGGACGAUGGCUCUGUCUCAAGGAGACGUAGAUGAAGCUGUGCUCUUUGCGAAGUUUGAUUUUGAGAAUCGGAUCCAUGGCGCCAACUUCCUGGCGUAUCCUCCUGUGGUCGCUGGAGGAAAUCGAGCCAAUACUCUUCACUAUAUAAACAACAACCAGAUAAUAAAGGACGGUGAAAUGGUGCUGCUCGACGGUGGCUGUGAAUACUUCGGUUAUGUCAGUGACAUCACUCGGACAUGGCCGGUGAAUGGAAAAUUCAGCGCUGCCCAGGCGGAGCUGUAUGAGGCCGUCCUGGAGGUCCAGCGCUCCUGUUUGUCUCUGUGCUCCCCGGGUGUUAGUCUCGAUCACAUCUACAGCACCAUGCUGGCUCUGCUGGGACGGCAGCUCAGGCGGCUCGGGAUUGUAAAGGCCAGUGCCAGUGAUGCCGAUGUACUAAAGGCUGCUCGACGUUACUGCCCCCACCACGUUGGUCAUUACCUGGGCAUGGAUGUCCACGACACCUCUGAGCUGUCCCGCUCACAGUCGCUACAGCCGGGAAUGGCCAUCACCAUAGAACCAGGUUUAUACAUCUGCGAGGAGAGUGACCAGGCGCCAGAGCGUUUCCGUGGCCUGGGCAUCAGAAUUGAGGAUGAUGUGGUGAUCCGAGACAAGGGAGGCCCUCUGAUUCUGUCCUCUGACGCGCCAAAGACCAUCGCUGAUGUAGAACAGGCCUGUGCCCAGAGAUAGGGCAGGGAGAGACAAGUGAGCAAGUAAGGCACAGAGUUGACAGGAGGUCUGUGUGCUGUGCUUCUCAACUAUCCCCGUGGUGAUGUCGUCAUUGGGCUCAGGGGCCCCGCUACAUGACAGGAGGGGGUGCACUGCAAGUCCCCGGUUUUAGUCAAUUUUGGAAACUGUCGUGGAAGCUCCUAGAUUUUUCGGAAAGUCCUGUGAAAACAUAAUUUAAGAAGACGAUAACAGUAAAUUUGAACCUUUAAAUCCACGACCGUUAAAUAUGCUGUAACUGAUGAGUUCCUCAUUAAUGUAAGUGAACAUCAGGGUAACUGUGGUCACAGCAUACCACAGAGAGACCGACCCUUUAUCAUAUACAACCGAUUUAUCCAGUAUUGUUGUGGUGCUAUCAUUCAUUCUUAAAACCUUCAUAUUUCUAUUUUAUUUCAGAGUAGCUUCCAGCAUAGCAUGCCAGGUUAAGCACUUUCAUUUGUCGUCUUACUCAUAUACACAUUUUUCUGUUACACCCAAACAUGCAUCAUUUUGAUGCUGCACUUCACAAGAUGAAAACACCAAAUGUUGAACAUGCUUUCAUUGUACUGUAGGAGAUUCAGAAAGGACCAGAGGAAAUCAAUACAACCCCAUCAUGGGAUUGAUCAAGAAGAACCUGUUGAAAACUGCUGAUCCUUAUGAAUCAGGAAUGAUUAUAACUAUGACGCCAAUGCACAGAGUUAUGACAGUGUGUGUGAACGUAUGUGUGUGUGUGUGUGUGUUGGAAUUGGGUCUUUUUAGCAGAAAGAAAAAUGUGAUAUCCUUUAGGGAAAUUGUGUUUAUAUAUAUAUAUAUGUAUAUUAAAAAGAUCUUUCUUUCAUAACUGA